AUGGAAACAAACUACCUAAAGAGGUGCUUCGGAAAUUGCCUGGCCCAGGCACUGGCAGAGGUGGCAAAGGUUCGGCCCAGUGACCCAAUAGAAUACCUGGCUCACUGGCUUUAUCAUUAUGAGAAAACAGCGAAAGCAAAAGAAAAGAAUAGGGAAGAGAAGAUCCAGCUACAGGAGGAAUAUGACGGUAGCCUCAAGGAAAUGGAAAUGACAGAGAUGCUGAAACAGGAAGAAUAUCAGAUUCAACAGAACUGUGAAAAGUGUCAUAAGGAACUGAAUUCUGAAACUGUUUCCACGAAGAAGACCAUAUUCAUGCAGGAGGACACAAACCCCCUUGAGAAGGAGGCCUUGAAGCAGGAAUUCCUGCCGGGUACUUCCAGUAGGAUUCCAGGAAUGCCUCAACAGGUUCCUCCUUCAGAGUCUGCUGACCAGAUUGACUGGAACUUCAAAAUGCCAAAAUAA